UGAUAAUACCCAACGCACCUUUUUAUUACCUAAAACAGUAUUAGUUUGCAUGAUAACAAUGAUAUUAUCUUAAAGUAGUUAUUUAAGUUUAAAUUACUUACGUUUCAAAUUUAAAAUCACAAGCAAACAACUUUAGUAAUGAACAAUGUUUAGACCUAUCUGGACGCUGCCUCUUAGUCAGAGUUCGAUACAAAAACUUAAGGCGCAAGGAUUCAAUUGUUGCGAAGAUCUAAUCGAUUUACCAAAUGGUUCAGAAUAUUUUAGUGGACUUUUAGAAACUGAAGAAGAAAUUCGUGAGAUGUUGAAGCAUCCAAAACCUAAAAUUGCUUCAGAAAUGGCUGAAGAGCGUGAUUGUAUUGCUACUUUUUGUAAAGGUAUAGAUGAAUUAUUAAAUGGGGGAGUGCAAGUUGGAAAAUUAACAGAAUUAACAGGAGCCCCAGGUUCAGGAAGGAGUCAACUAUGUAUGCAGUUAUGCGUGUCUGUUCAAAUACCUGCUUGUUUUGAGGGUUUAGAAGCUGAAGCCAUUUAUAUUGACACGAACUCUAAUUUUUCUCAUGUCCGACUUACUGAAAUGAUAGAAGCAUUUCAGGAACAUGUUUCUAGAGUUUUGACAGGUAGUAACAUGUUUAAGGGAUCAAAAACUGAAUUAUUAAAUACUCUAACGACUACUAAAAUGUUUGAAAAGGUACAUGUAAUUAAAAUGAACGACUUAAAUCAACUGUAUGCAUUAUAUGAUCUCAUUAAACAAUAUUCCAAAGUUAAAUUAAUAAUAGUCGAUAGUUUUGUCAUGCCUUUAUAUAAAUUAGACAAUUCAUUAAAAAAGAAUAGUAUUGUUCACAAUGCUUUAGAUAUACUUAUAACAAUUGCUCAAAAGCAUAACGUCGCUGUGGUACUCACAAACGAUUUGACUACUAUGAUAAAUGACAAAGAAACAAUGGUAUUUCCAGCAUUAGGUGAAACAUUUGCCCAUCGUAUGCAUUACAGAUUAUUAUUAAGUAAAACACCUAAUAAUCCCAAUAGUUACACAGCUUUCUUGAAAAAAAGCGUUGAACAAGCUCCGACAGCGGCAAAUUUUCAAAUUACUACAGCUGGAGUGCGAGAUAUUCAUUCAUAAUGGAAAAUGUUCUAAUUUCAAAAUUAAAGUUAAUUAUUUAUAGUUAUUGAUACGAGGUAUUUUUUCUUAUGUAUGUGAAAUUUUAAAAACAAAUAAAUAAAAGUAUUAUAAUUUAAAAAUGGGUACCGUGAUGUGAUUUAACGACCAGGUCAAAUAUUUGCUAGUACUUUCAACUAGGCGUCAGUCAAUCCUUUGAUUAAAUAUAAUAGCGUUAGCUGGCACUUAUUAUUUGUUGUCGAUUAAUUUAUUGUGUCUGCUUAGAAGAACAGGGUAUUCACCUCAAGAAUAGGGUUAAAAUGUUUUCCUUUCAAAAUAUCAUGUUAUUGCUUUUAUAUGAGUAAGUGUUUAUAAUAAUCGUUGAUUUAUUGCCGACUUUAAUAUAAAAUCAUGUAUUUUUACAAUUAAGCUUCAAUAUUUUAUUAAUAUUAUAUAUUAAUAUAGCCAACAUUUAUUUUAUGAAUGAAUUAAACUUUGUAACUUGAUUAACCAAUUAAUGUAAAUGCAAAGAUGGGCAAGUGAAUAGAAAUAAUUAACUCAAGUUAAGUUUGAACAAUGUCGAUAAAUUAACAGUUAAAAGUUACUAAAUUAUACAUUUAACUAGUUAAGUUAAAUAAUUUUUUUAACUUAACCAGUUUAAAAAAAGUUAUAGUAAAAGAUACAAUUGUAACUAACAAUAGUAAAAAAAAAAUAACAAUUUUAGAGAAAUUGAGUGGCUAGUGUUAUAAAAAUU